AGCAGGACAGCUUUGAUGCCAGAAACUGGAGUUACUGUUGGACAGAGAAGGAAGAGGAGGAAACCUGCAGAGACUAAGUGACUGCAACAAAACAAUAGGCCUCACGUUGGACACAUUCUAGUUGUAGCUACAAUGAUAGAAAAAUGAGACAUGUCUUUUACCUGAUAUCCGUGGAAAAGUAGUCGUAGUUUUUCGGGUUACGAAGUUGGGGCUCCGUGGUUACGGGCAAUUGCUCUUGACAUUAUCACCGGGACUGUCUCCUUCCGCUGCCACAGCCAGUCACCACAAAAACAACAGCCAUGGUGUCUUGGAUCAUUUCCAGAAGUGUUGUUCUGGUGUUCGGGACUCUGUAUCCUGCAUACUACUCUUACAAAGCAGUGAAGACUAAAAAUGUCAAGGAAUAUGUGCGUUGGAUGAUGUACUGGAUUGUUUAUGCGCUCUACACCGUAGUAGAGACCGUCACUGACCUUACACUGGCCUGGUUUCCACUGUACUAUGAGCUGAAAAUAGCCUUUGUGAUCUGGCUGCUGUCGCCCUACACCAGAGGAGCAAGUCUGAUUUACAGGAAGUGUCUACAUCCUCUGCUGUCGUCCAGAGAGAGGGAAAUAGAUGAUUAUAUCGUUCAAGCCAAGGAGAGAAGCUAUGAAACCAUGGUGAACUUUGGUAAACAGGGACUGAGCAUCGCAGCCACAGCGGCUGUCAGUGCAGCUGUCAAGGGUCAGGGUGCCAUCACAGAGAAGCUGCGCAGCCUGAGCAUGCACGACCUGACGCAGAUCAGCCAGCAGGACGACAGAGGAAACCAGCUGUACCCUUACAGUUCCCACGCAGCCAACCCUGCUGUGAGGAGAGCUCAGAGCAGCGACGCUGCCGACGAAGAAGAAUACUAUUAUGACCAGGAGGAGAGAACAGACGAGGAGGCGGAGCCAACCUUUUCUGAAGACGAGGCUGUCACUCAGAAAGGACUGAGACGCUCACAGAGUGUGAAGAUGACGCGAUCCAGAGUCCGCAAAGACGCUCGAUAUGGGUCACUGAAGAUUAAGGGCAAGAAGAGACCAGCACUGAGUUCUGUUAAUUAUGCGAUGUAAAGAAACUACUGCUGACAGACACACACACACACACACACACAUCCACACAUGAAUCUUCCUGCCUGCUGGUUGGUGAAUGGUAUUUUUCAGAGCCUGUGCUCAGCUUUUUUAUCAGUCUGGAUUCUUCCCCAUAGUUUUCUGCUGACAUGUUUUUCAAAUCCCUCUCAUUGCAGCGAGGUCAGAGAGAAUUAGUGUACCUUCAGGAUGAAUUUUUAUCAUGGACUAUUUUAUUUGUUUUAUCUGUUUGUUUUUUUCUUCUUUAUUAUAUUGAGUUGUGAUGUUGUUUGUGUGGUGUUUUGAAUUUUAAAUCUGUCCACUCUGAUCCUUUUUGUGUGGUACCAGCUACAACUACCAGCUUUGAUUAUUAACCCAGCGCCUUAUCAAGCGUUUGUUAACAACAGACUUGUGGUUGCCAGGUUUUUAAGGUUUCCAAUGGCUCUUUGCCAUUUUUCUUUUGGAUAUGCAUUUAAAACUAAACCAUUGUCACUCAAUUAAAAAUGACAGAGCCUGAUUUCUGAACACAGAGGCAGGAGAACAACUCUAAAAUGCAAUUUAUUAACUAUUUUGUUGUCCUUGGAACAUUUUAGUCUACUUUUUGUACAAAAAAAGAAUCUCAUCACUAUGAUGCCCUCAAAUGUCGUGAUGAUUGACGCGAUGACCUCAUGUGAUUCAUUUAUGGCUGAACAGUGCCACCCUGUGGAGAAAAUGCAUUUUGGCCGUACAUACGUUCACAUUGUACGUAAUUCUAAUGAAGUAAGGACGAGGAUUUAUUGCUAUAAUCCGUGGUAUAUAGAAAAGGAUAAUAGAAGUAAAGUAUGAAGAGACUUUGCACUGUAGUUGUAAACGUUUGUUUUUUUAUUAACCAAAAGAUUUUAUCAGUAGUCUUGUCCUUCAUGGUCCUCUGGGUUUCUGUAUUUGGUUGCUCUGACGCAGUUUGGACAAAACUACUCAUGAUAACUGACAUUACUGAGUCACUCCUAUGAUUUGUGCUCGUGUUACACUACAUUUUUACAGAUGAUAAACAAUCAACAUCUCAGUAGUGGUAUUUACUGGUACAAACUGUUUUAGUUUAACAUAGCACAUUGCAAAUUCAGAUAAUAAUGGUGGGACUAAAUAAAAUGUGGCAACCCAGAAGUCUUUAACAUGGGCUUAGGAAUGACUUCCAGAGCUUUUUUAAUACAUAUAUAACUUUUCUUUAAAAAACAAAACAAAACAGAGUGGCACUGAAGCAUUUGCUGCCUUUCAGGUAUUUUAUCAGUGAGUAACUUGUUGUGAUACUACUCUGUUCUUGGAGUCUGUUUUCUUCUCUGUGGCUCAGACUAAUUAUUGUCUUUAUUAACGUUGGACAAACACGUUCCAGCAUGAACAGUAGCUGUUUUAACUUGAACAUUGGGAAUAAAGGAUCUGAGCCUCUGGUGAAACUUCCACCACCCUGUGAACACCUGCAGAUCAACACUAGCCUUUGUGCUGUUGGAGAAUAAUGUUGAUAACUAACAGAAGAAGAAGUGAAUGCAGUUAUUCUCUCACUUUUCAUGCUGAUUUCUCCACUUUCCUUCUUUUUGUGUGUCUGUGUUGUAUGUUGUAUGUGACUGUGUGCGCUGUUGUGCUGAGUUAGCGAAGACUAGGUUUUCAAUGGUAUUAUUUUUGUGUCAUGUUUGAGAAAAUAGUUUUUUUUUAAAUAAUGUAACCACCUCUUUUUUGCACAUAUACCUCUUUGCGAUUUGAUGUCCUCGCUGUUGCUUAUCAUCUCAUUUUAAUACACCUUUACUUUACAGAGGAGGAAGCACAGAUUUGUUUUAUAAGUGAUUGACAAUGAUGCUACUUUUUUUUGGCUUGUUACAUUUUAAAGUUUGGCCUGUUUUUGUCCUUGUGAAGUGACAUUUCCAGCAGGGGUGUGGUCAGAGAAAGUGUAGACAGUUAAUGUUGUUUCUCUGGGAGACACCUUGACCCUCAGUCAUUGUCCACCUUUAUGUUCCCGGAAACUACAAACAAAAGGAACGUACAGCAGAGGGGAAAAGUGAAUAAUAAUAAUAAAAAAGAGUAAUUUCAGGUUAAGGGCUUUUCUUUGGUUAAAGAAGUACAGUAAGUUGAAGGUUUGUCUUGACCUCUUUCAAAAUUUCUAUGAAGGGAUGUCUGUAGGCCAGUGUGAGUUUAAUCAGUCUGUAGAAACUAUUGAUGCUGAAUCAGUUGUGCCAUAGUGCCAAUGUAGAACAACCAAAAACUGAAGGGCCGCAAAGGUGCCAUAAAAUAGCACCUAAGAACUUAAAAAUUAAGAUUUUGAUUUGUUAGCUUGUCUCCAGGACUCACCGUAGCUGGAUUCCAACUAGCAACUUUGUGUACCGGAGACAAGCUGUCAACCCAUGAACUAUGGCUACUCUGACUCCACACCAAAUGUCAUUUAACAUGUAUUAUUUUACUUAUACAUGUUAAAUACAUCAUUUGCUUUUGAGUGUUGGGCCAGAGUUGGACUCACUUGACGCCUGGUCAGGUUUUAAGCACAGAAAACCAAAGCCUUGUUUUGACUUCAUUAAAAAGUAACAAAGAGUCAAACUGGUUCCUGGCUUGAAAAGUUUACUUUGAAUGCCACUAAUGGACUAAUGAUACCAAAGCUUCAUGUCAUGAUGUCAUCACCUACUGCAGUUCGACUGAUGAUCAUAGGCUUGAAAAAGGUCUGGUGUGUUGUUUGCUGGAUUUAACAUGCAGUAAAAUAAAAAAAAAUCAUCAGAUCACUGAUGGCAACAAAGUGA